UACAACAAUUGUUUUAUUAUUUCUAGCUUCAGUCAUGAAUACAACUUUAUAAGUGCUGUAUAAUGUUAUUGACGCUGUGAUAACUAUAAUAACACGAUUCAUCAUGUGUAGUACUUUAAUAUUUUAUUGGCUAUUAUUAGUAACCACCAUCGCCGCAAUGUUCAACAGAAAUAAUGAAUUAAAUAUUCCUGCAGUCGAAAAUUUCCAUCAUAUUAAAACACAGGAACUAAAACGAUCUUGUUGUGAGCGUGAUAUAAAAUCUAAAGUUCGUCAAAUUGAAAAUAACCGAGAGAUUCCAUUGGAUAUUAUAAUGAAAUUAAAUCAGGUCACAAGUGUUCCAGAACUAUUUUUGAAGUUUAUGCCACACGUCAAUAUGUCCGAAGUUUUAAAAUAUGAAAUAGCAAAUAAUGAACAAAAUGAAAUACUUGUUCCAAAACCUGCAUCUUGUACUACUGAAAAUCAAACAAUUAGCUUAAGGGACGAUGAUAAUCCAAAUCUAUAUUAUUCGCCACCUUGUACACGAGUAAGACGAUGUGGUGGUUGUUGUGGUAACAAUUUAGUUUCCUGUCAGCCAACUGAAAUAGAAAUACUCAAUUUUGAAGUUACUAUUCUUCAAUACAAUGAAACAUUAACUUUUAAAGAAAAAAAGAUUAUCAGUGUAGAGCAGCACGUGAAGUGUAAAUGUAAUUGUAUUGUUAAAGAAAAAGAUUGUAAAGACACACAAGUUUAUGAUGCCAGAGAAUGUCGAUGUCUUUGUAAUAAUCUAGAAGACCAAAACAAAUGUGACGAAGAAUCAGAUACAAAAAUGUGGAACUCUGAAAUUUGUUCAUGUCAAUGUAUCGAAGAAAAGGAAUGCACAACAGGAUCCAAAUUCAAUUAUAGUACAUGCCAAUGUGAUUCAAUAGUUGAAUGAAGUUGAUUGAGAAUUAUUGAAGUCUAUAAAGAAAAAACAUCAAAACGUUAAAUAUUUAUUUCAAAAUUCAAAAUCAAAUAUAAUA